UGCACCGGGCAAUGUGAGGCGAGCAUGCGCUAAAGCAAGCACAGACUUACGUAGGCCCAACACAUAAUAAUACCAUCACUGAUGUUUACGUACGGAAUUUAAAUAAAUAAAAGACUUAUUCGCGGAGAAAACAUACUUCAACAGAACGAACGGAUGGAGUUCCCUGUGGACGGCCUGGUCAGCGUGAGCCAAGAGAUCCUGGAGAGAUCAGCUCAGGACUACAUGAACAGCCUUCUCCACAGCCCCCUUGACUCACCCCAACACCUCACCCUCGCAAACAACACACAGGUGCCCAUUGGUCUUUCCAAUGUGGGUUUCGUUCCUCUAUAUGGAGACAACAUGAGACAAAAAGUCCUCGCCCUGUUCUCCCAACAGGACCAGUUUACAGCGGUGGGGCUGUACCUGUUGGAUCAAUGGUGGUCACUGGAGAAUAUCUUAAAAACAGCCAACUCUGCCAAAGAUGGAGCUGUGGAGGUGGAGACCAUAGGGGAGCGGAUAGUUCUGUACGUUUUGAACCGUGUGGUGUACAGAGCCAAGGAGAUUAGUUCAGGUGAACUGCCUUUCCUCUGCCACGGAGAGAACGACUACGCCAAGAUCCUCUGGAAAGACGGACAGGCUGUCGGCUUCUACUCAGUCAAACCGUCAGGCAGCUUGUGCAGUUCCUUCGUAACCCAAUGCUAUCACAUUCCUGUCAUGGAUUCCAUAUUCGUCAGGAAGUGUCACCGUGGCAACGGUCUGGGUCUCCAGAUGCUGGAGAACUUUGUUGACAGUUUCAAAGAGGAAUACCUUGGGUUGAGAUACCCCCUUUCAAAAGCUAUGUACAAAGUGUGUGGGAAGUAUCUGAGCCUGUACCCAGCCCACAGAGACCUAUUGUGGGAAGUGGAGAGUGUUGGAGGACCCAGCCAGAGGACCAACAUAGCCAACAAGAUCCAGGCCAUGGCCAUGAGCACCUUAUCCAAGAACCUGUCUUUUACGGAGCACUCUGUAGUGAACCGCGACGUGGUUGAAAACAAAGUGGUUAUGGAGGAAGUGACUUCACACUUACAGGAACAGGAAGCCAUGGAGUACACCGUUGAAAUUGUGGAGGAAGUUACACUGGUCAGGGUGCCAAAAGAGAAUGAAGAAAUGCCGGUUACAACCAGAGGAAGGAGCAGCGGCCUCAAACGCAAGAACAUCUUAGAGGAAAGCAAAUCAGAGAAAGUCCUCAGGGUUGAGGAUAUUGAAGCAGAAGGGGAGACUCCCAAAGAGAAGCCAGUGGCAGAGCCUCAUCAAGACAAUAAAGACGUUGUUGCUGAAUCUGACAAAGAGGAGUUGGCUGAGGAUGUCAUUGACACGGCCAUGGGGGACACAGCAGUAGAGCCUGAGCUUGGAGAGGAGAUGGGAAAGACUGUUACAACACGGACACUUCAGAUUCAGAAAGACGCUGUGUUGCUGGUGAACCUGAAAGAAACCUUGCAACCACAAGUGGAGGUAGAAAAUGUGGCCUCAGAGAUAGAGGAGGUGGAGGAGGAGGCUCCAAAGGAGGUGGCAGAAAUCGAUGAAGAAACAGCCGAAGAACCCUCUAAGGAGGAAAAGAAAAGAAGCCUCACAAAACCUGUUGAGGCUGAGGAGAAGACAGUGAAUGAAGAGCAGCCAGCAGUUGAGAAACCUGCUGAGGUAAAGGAGAAGAUCUCACCACCUGAAAAGGAAGUGGUAGCUCCAGUGGUAGAAACAAGAGUCCUUCGGAGAGGAAUAAAAAGUGUACCAGCUACCCCGACUCCAAAACGCAAGUACACAAGAAGAGUCAAACAACCUGUGGAAGAGGAGAAGGAGGAAGAGGUGGCUGAGGAAGAAGUAGAGGCAGCUGUAGUGGAAGCCAAAGUUCUGAGAAGAGGAAGGAGAUCUGCCCCUCCUCCUGCCCAUACCACACCUAAAUGCAAAUCCACCCCAACUGUUGUUGAAGCGGAAGAGGCAGAAAAAACAGAUGAAAUGACAGAGGAGGAAGUAGACGACGAAGUCCAGGAAAAAGCUGUUGAGGAAGAGAAGGCUACAACAACAACAACAAGCCAAGAGGAAGAGAAGGCUACAACAACAACAACAAGCCAAGAGGAAGAGAAGGCUACAACAACAACAACAAGCCAAGAGGAAGAGAAGGCUACAACAACACCAACAACAAGCCAAGAGGAAGAGAAGGCUACAACAACAACAACAACAACAACAAGCCAAGAGGAAGAGAAGGCUACAACAACAACAAGCCAAGAGGAAGAGAAGGCUACAACAACAACAACAAGCCAAGAGGAAGAGAAGGCUACAACAACAACAACAACAAGCCAAGAGGAAGAGAAGGCUACAACAACAACAACAAGCCAAGAGGAAGAGAAGACUACAACAACAACAACAACAACAACAACAACAACAAGCCAAGAGGAAGAGAAGGCUACAACAACAACAACAAGCCAAGAGGAAGAGAAGGCUACAACAACAACAACAACAACAACAACAACAAGCCAAGAGGAAGAGAAGGCUACAACAACAACAACAACAAGCCAAGAGGAAGAGAAGGCUACAACAACAACAACAAGCCAAGAGGAAGAGAAGGCUACAACAACAACAACAAGCCAAGAGGAAGAGAAGGCUACAACAACAACAACAACAAGCCAAGAGGAAGAGAAGGCUACAACAACAACAACAACAAGCCAAGAGGAAGAGAAGGCUACUACAACAACAACAACAAGCCAAGAGGAAGAGAAGGCUACAACAACAACAACAAGCCAAGAGGAAGAGAAGGCUACAACAACAAGCCAAGAGGAAGAGAAAGUGGAAAGCUUUGAGGAGGUUGUGGAAGUUCCUCCAGUUGUGGAAACUAGAGCAAUGAGGAGCAGGACAAAAACAGGCACAGCAGCCACACCCAAACGAAAGUCCUUACGAAGCAAGUCCUCUGUGGAUUAUAAGGAACAGGAUGCAGAGGAGGAGGAAACAGGAAAUGAAUCCACAGUGGAAGAAGGGGAGGAUAAUGUAGUGGCAGAAGAGGUGAGUGUAGUAGAGGAGGAAGACAAAGAGGAAGAAGAAGGGUUCCCGGUGGCUGAGGUUGCUGCUGUUGAUGAGACUGAGAAGCAGCCUGAGGAACACAAAUCAGAGAAAGUCAUCAGGGUUGAGGAUAUUGAAGCAGAUGGGGAGACUCCCAAAGAGAAGCCAGUGGCAGAGCCUCAUCAAGAGAAUAAAGACGUUGUUGCUGAAUCUGACAAAGAGGAGUUGGCUGAGGAUGUUGUUCACACAGCCACAGAGGACACAGCAGUAGAGCCUGAGGUUAGAGAGGAGAUUGGAGAGACUGUUACAACACAGACACUCAAGCUUCAGAAGGCCAUUGUGGUACUAGUGGACCUGAAGAAAACCUUGCAACCACAAGUGGAGGUAGAAAAUGUGGCACCGGAGAUAGAGGUGGAAGAAGAGGCUCCAAAGAAGGUGUCAGGAACCGAUGAAGACGAAAAAGAAACAGCCAAAGAACCCUCUAAGCAGGAAAAGAAAAGAAGAGGACGACCAAGAUCCACUCGUCUCACAAAACCUGUUGAGGCUGAGGAGGAGACGGUGAAAGAGGAGCAGCCAGCGGUUGAGAAACCUGCUGAGGGAAAGGAGAAGAUCUCACCACCUGAAGAGGAAGAUGCAGGUCCAGUGGUAGAAACAAGAGUCCUGAGGAGAGGAAGAAUAAGUGUUCCAGCUACCCCGACUCCAAAACGCAAGUACACACAAAGAGGCAAACAACCUAAAGAAGAGAAGGAGGGGGAGGAAGAGCCAGCUGAGGAAGAAGAAGAUGCACCGGUAGUGGAAACCAUAGUUCUGAAGAGCGAGAGAGGCAAAUGUUCUGCUCUUGCUCAUCCCAGACACAAAUCCACACAAGGCUGCAAAGAACCUGAGGAAGAGGAGGAGAAGGAAGGGGAGUUGGCUAAACCUGUUCAGGAAGCUUUGGAAGAAAAGGUAGAGAAAGCAGUGGAUGAAGCAGCAGCUGCAACAGUGGAGAGUAUGGGGGAAGAAAGGGUGGCAGAGGAACUAAGAACUGAGGAAGAGGAAACUGAAGCUGCAGCUGAAACUGUACCAGUGGUAGAGGAGAGUGUUGCAGAAGAAAAGGUGGUGGAGGGAGAAACAAUUCAGGAAGAGGAAAAGGUAGAGGAGGAAAGGGAGAUUGCAGAAACUAUUACAACACAGACACUCAAGCUUCAGAAAGCUACUGCAGUGCUGGUGGACUUGAAAAAAACUGUGGCCUCAGAGAUCGAGGAGGAGGCUCCAAAGGAGUUGUCAGGAACCAAUGAAGACGAAGAAGAAACAGCCAAAGAACCCUCUAAGCAGGAAAAGAAAAGAAGAGGACGACCAAGAUCCACUCAUCUCACAAAACCUGUUGAGGCUGAGGAGGAGAUGGUGAACGAGGAGCAGCCAGCAGUUGAGAAACCUGCUGAGGAAAAGGAGAAGAUCUCACCACCUGAAGAGGAAGAGGCAGAAAAACCAGAUGAAACAACAGAGGAGGAAGUAGAAGACAACGUCCAGGACAAAGCUGUUGAGGGAGAGGCCACAACAACAACAAGCCAAGAGGAAGAGGAAGUGGUAGCAGAGAGCCUUGAGGAGGUUGUGGAAGUUCCUCCAGUUGUGGAAACUAGAGCUAAGAGGAGCAGGACAAAAACAGUCACAGCAGCCACACCCAAACGAAAGUCCUUACGAAGCAAGUCCUCUGUGGAUUAUAAGGAACAGGAUGCAGAGGAGGAGGAAACAGGAAAUGAACCCACAGUGGAAGAAGGGGAGGAUAAUGUAGUGGCAGAAGAGGUGAGCGUAGUAGAGGAGGAAGACAAAGAGGAAGAAGAAGGGUUCCCGGUGCCUGAGGUUGCUGUUGUCGAGGAGUCAGAGAAGCAGCCUGAGGAACACAAAUCAGAGAAAGUCAUCAGGAUCGAGGGGGAGACUCCUAAAGAGAAGGCAGUGGCAGAGCAUCAGCAACACAAUAAAGAAGAAGAUGCUGCUGAAUCCGACAAAGAGGAGUUAGCUGAGGAUGUUGUUCAGACAGCCACGGCGGACACAGCAGUAGAGGCUGAGCUUGGAGAGGAGAUUGGAGAGACUGUUGCAAAACAGACACUUCAGAUUCAGAAAGACACUGUGUUGCUGGUGAACCUGAAGAAAACCUUGCAACCACAAGUGGAGGUAGAAAAUGUGGCCUCAGAGAUAGAGGAGGUGGAGGAGGAGGCUCCAAAGGAGGUGGCAGGAACCAAUGAAGACAAAGGAGAGAACAACGAAGAAACAGGCAGACCAAGAUCCACUCGUAUCACCAAACCUGUUGAGGCUGAGGAGACGGUGGAAGAGGAGCAGCCAACAGUUGAGGAACCUGCUGUGGAAGUGGAGAUCUCGCCACCUGAAGAUGAAGAGGAGGCUCCGGUUGUAGAACCUAGAGUCCUGAGUAGAGGAAGAAAAAGUGUUCCAUUUACUCCGACUCCAAAACGCAAGUCCAAAAGAAGAGGCAAACAGCAUGAGGAAGAGGAGAAUGUGGAGGAGCCAGCAGAAGAAGAGGCACCAGUAAUGGAAGCCAGAGUUCUGAGGAGAGGAAGGAAAUCGGCUUCUGCUCCUGCCACACCUAGACGCCAAUCCACACAUGUACCUAAAGAGGAGGAGGCGGCUGAAUCUGUUCGGGAAGCUUUGGAAGAAAAGGAGAAAGUAAAACCAGUGGAGGAGGUAAGGGCAGAGGAGAAAGACACACUAAUGGACGAAGAGGACAUGGUGGAGGAAGCUGCAACAGUGGAGAGUGUGGAGGAAGAAAGGGUGGCAGUGGAAGCCAUAACUGAGGAAGAUGGAAAGGUAGAGGAAGAGAAGGAAAAGGAAGCUGAAGCUCCACCUGAAACUGCAACAGUGGAGGAAGAGAGUGUCGUAAAAGAAAAUGUGGAUGAAGAAGCAACAGCUAAGGAAGAGGAAGAGCAGGAAGUGGAGAGAGUGGAAGAAGAAAAUAUUGAGGAAGCUGCAGCAGAAACUAUUAGUGUGGAAGAAAAUAUGGAGGAGGAAGUAGCAACCACAGAGGAGAAAAAGGAAGAGGAAGAAGUGAAGAAAGAGGAGAUAGUUAUUGAACUAGCUGUAGAAAAACUAUCUGAAGAAGUUGCUGGGAUAGAAGAGGUAGAUAAAGUGGAGGAGAAAGAGGAAGCAAAGCCAGUUGAGGAAGAGAAGAAGACUUCACUCGAGGAGGAAGAGCAAACUCCAGUAGAGGAGGAAGAGGAUGCUCCAGUUGUAGAAACAAGAGUUUUGAGGAGAGGAAGAAAAAGUAUUCCAGCUACUCCGACUCCAAAGCGCAAGUACACAAGAAGAGACAAACAAGAAGAGGAGAAAGACCCAGCUGUGGAAGAAAAGGAACCAGUAGUGGAAGCCAGAGUUCUGAGGAGAGGAGGCAGAGGAAGAUGUUCUGCUCCUGCCCCUGCCACACACGGACGCAAAUCCACAAGAGCCUGCCAACAAACUGAGGAAGAGGAGGAUGUGGAGGCAACGGUUGAACCUGCACCAGAAGCGAUGGAGGAAAAGAUGGAGGAAGAGAAGAAAGUGGAGAUAGUGGAAGAGGCGAGUGUUGUGGAAAAAGUAAAAGCAGUGGAGGGAGAAGGAACAACUCUGGAAGAGGAAAAUGUGGAGGCUGAAGCAACAACUGAGGAAAAUGAAGAUGUUGAGGAAGCUGCAGCAGAAACUGCACCAGUGAAAGAAAAUGUGGAGGCUGAAGCAACAACUGAGGAAAAUGAAGAUGUUGAGGAAGCUGCAGCAGAAACUGCACCAGUGAAAGAAAAUGUGGAGGCUGAAGCAACAACUGAGGAAAAGGAAGAUGUUGAGGAAGAGAAGAAAGAGGUUGAAGCAGUAAAGGAAACAAUUGUUGAAAUGGCUGUAGAGAAACUAGCAGAGACUGUUGAAAAGGCAGAAAACGUGGAGGAGGUAACAGCAGUGGAAAGUGUUGCAGAUGAAGUGAUAAAAAAGCCUGUUGAGGAACCUGCCAAGGAAGGGAAGACCUCACUACCUGAGGAUGGAGAAGAGACUCCAGUGGUAGAAACAAGAGUCCUGAGGAGAGGAAGAAAAAGCAUUCCAGUAACGCCUCCAAAACGCAAGUCCACACGAAGAGGCAAACAACCUGAAGAAGAGAAAGAUGCAGAGGAAGACCCAGCUGAGGAGGAAGAUGCACCAGUAGUGGAAACCAUAGUUCUGAAGAGCGAUAACGGGGGCAGAUUUUCUGCUCUUGCCCCUCCUUCUGCCACGCCCACAUGCAAAUCCACACACGCCUGCAUAAAACCUGAGGAAGAGGAGAAGAAGGAAGAAGAGUUGGAGGUAGAAAAGGUAGAGGAGGAAAAGAUGGAGACGGUGGCUGAACCUAUUCAGGAAGCUUUGGAAGUAGUGGAUGAAGCAGCAGCUGCAACAGUGGAGAGUAUGGGGGAAGAAAGGGUGGCAGAGGAACUAAGAACUGAGGAAGAGGAAACUGAAGCUGCAGCUGAAACUGUACCAGUGGAAGAGGAGAGUGUUGCAGAAGAAAAGGUGGUGGAGGGAGAAACAAUUCAGGAAGAGGAAAAGGUAGAGGAGGAAAAGGAGAUUACAGAAACUAUUACAACACAGACACUCAAGCUUCAGAAAGCCACUGUGGUGCUGGUGGACUUGAAACAAAUCUUGCAACCACAAGUGGGGAUUGAAAAUGUGGCCUCAGAGAUAGAGGAGGUGAAGGAGGAUGCUCCAAAGGAUGUGGCAGGAACUGAUGAAGACGAAGUUGAGGACCCUGCUGUGGAAGUGGAGAUCUCGCCACCUGAGGAUGAAGAGGAGGCUCCAGUUGUAGAAACAAGAGUCUUGAGGAGAGGAAGAAAAAGUGUUCCAUUUACCCCGACUCCAAAACGCAAGUCCAAAAGAAAAGGCAAACAGCAUGACGAAGAGGAGAAUGUGGAGGAGCCACAGGAAAAAGAGGCAGCUGAGGAAGAUGAAGAACAGGCUCCCGUAGUGGAAGCCAGAGUUCUGAGGAGAGGAAGGAAAUCUGCUUCUGCCACACCUAGACGCAAAUCCACACAUGCCACUAAAGAACCUGAAGAGGAGGACUUGGCUGAAUCUGUUCGGGAAUCUGUGGAUAAAAAAGAGGAAGUAAAACCAGUGGAGGAGGUAAGGGCAGAGGAGAAAGACACACUAAUGGAUGAGGAGGACAUGGUGGAGGAAGCUGCAACAGUGGAGAGUGUGGAGGAAGAAAGGGUGGCAGUGGAAGCCAUAACUGAGGAAGACGGAAAGGUAGAGGAAGAGAAGGAAGAGGAAGCUGAAGCUGCAAAAGUGGAGGAGGGGAGUGUUGCAGAAGUAAAUGUGGAUGAAGAAGCAACAACUGAAGAAAAGGAAAAAGUGGAGGAAGAGGAGGAAGCAGAGAGAGUGGAACAAGAAAAUAUUGAGGAAGCUGCAGCUGAAACUAUUGGUGUGGAAGACAAGAUGGAGGAGGAAGUAGCAACCACAGAGGAGAAAAAGGAAGAGGAAAAAGUGGAAGAGAAGAAAGAGGAAACACUUAUUGAACUACUUGUAGAACAACUAUCUGAGGAAGUUUAUGUGGUAGAGGCAGAAAAAGUGGAGGAGAAAGAGGAAGCAAAGCCAGUUGAGGAAGAGAAGAAGACUUCACCACCCGAGGAGGAAGAGCAAGCUCCAGUAGAGGAGGAAGAGGAUGCUCCAGUUGUAGAAACAAGAGUUUUGAGGAGAGGAAGAAAAAGUAUUCCAGCUACUCCGACUCCAAAGCGCAAGUCCACAAGAAGAGACAAACAAGCGGAGGAGAAAGACCCAGCUGUGGAAGAAAAGGAACCAGUAGUGGAAACCAGAGCUCUGAGGAGAGGAGGCAGAGGAAGAUGUUCUGCUCCUGUCCCUGCCACACACGGACGCAAAUCCACACGAUCCCGCAAACAGCCUGAGGAGAAGGAUGAGGAGGUGGAGGCAGAAUUGGUAAAUGAGCAAAAGAUGGUAGAGGUGGUUGCACCUGUUCAGGAUGCUGUGGAGGCAGAAUUGGUAAAUGCACAAAAGAUGGCAGAGGUGGUUGCACCUGUUCAGGAUGCUGUGGAGGAAAAAAUGGGGGAAGAAAAAGCAGUGGACGAAGCAGAAGCUGAAACUGCACCGUUGGAAGAGGAGAGUGUUGCUGAACAAAAGGUGGUGGAGGGACAAACGACUCAGGAAGAGAGAACUGCUACUGUGGAAGAAAAGGUGGAAGACAAAAUACCUGAAAAAGAGGAAAAGGUUGAAGAGGACAAGAAAGCUGAAGCUGAAACUGCACCAGUAGAAGAGGAGAGUGUUGCAGACGAAAAAGUGGAGGAAGAAGCAAAACCCACAGAGGAGGAAAAGGUAGAAAAAGCAGCAACUGAGGAAGAGGAAAGAGUUGAGGAAGAUAAGAAAGAGGUGGAAGCAGAAGAGGAAGAAAUGGUUGAAAUGGGUGUAGAAAAACUAGCAGAUGUAGGUGAAGAGGCAGAACAAGUGGAGGAGUCAACAGCAGUUGAAAGGGUUGCAGAUGAAGUGCUAUUAAAGCCAGUUGAGGAACCUGCUGAGGAAGAAGAGAAGACCUCACCCCCUGAGGAAGAAGAGAAGACCUCGCCACCUGAGGAAGAAGAUAAGACCUCACCACCUGAGAAGGAAGAGGUAGAUGAGGAAGAACAAGCUCCAGUUGUAGAAGUAAGAGUUCUGAGGAGAGGAAGAAAAAGUGUUUCAGUUUCUCCCCCAAAACGCAAGUUGAGAGGAAAAGGUCAACAGCCUGAGAAAGACGAGAAGCUGGAGGAGCCAGAGGAGGAAGAGGCAGCUGAGGAGAAAGAAGAGGCACCCAUAGUUGAAGCCAGAGUUCUCAGGAGAGGAAGGAGAUCUGCCCCUACAACUGCCCCUGCUACAUCUAGACGCAAAUCCACACGAGUCAGCAAGCAUCCUGAGGAAGAGGAGGAUGUGGCGGCAGUUGCUGAACCUGCACCAGAAGCGAUGGAGGAAAAGGUGGAGGAAGAAAAAGCUAUGGAGGAGGAAACGGAAGCUGCAGCUGAAACAGCACCAGUGGAAGAGGAGAGUGUUGCAGAAGAAAAGGUGGAGGAAGUAAAAGCAGUGGAGGAGGAAGGAGAAAUUGUGGAAGAUGAAAAUGUGGAGGACGAGAAGGAACUGCAGAUUGUGGUAAAAGAGAAGGUUCAAGAAGCUAAAGCUGCAGCUGAAACUGAACCAGUUGAACAGGAUAAUGUUGCAGAAGAAAAGGUGGAAGAGGAAUUAAAAAGCAUAGAGGAAGAAACGGUGGAAGAAGAAACAACUGAGGAAGAGGAGAAAGUUGAGGAAGAGAAGAAAGAUAUGAAUGCAGAAAAGGAAACAUUUGUUGAAAUGGCUGUAGAAAAACUAGCAGAGGUUGUUGAAGAGGCAGAAAAAGUGGAGGAGGUAACAGCAGUGGAAAGUGUUGCAGAUGAAGUGGUAGAAAAUCCAGCUGAGGAAGAAGAGAAGACCUCACUACCUGAGGUGGAAGAGGAGGCUCCAGUUGUAGAAACAAGAGUUCUGAGGAGAGGAAGAAAAAGUGUUCCAGUUUCUCCUCCAAAACUUAAGUCCACAAAAAGAGGCAAACAAGUCCAGGAAGAGGAAAGCAUGGAGGAGCCGGAGGAUGAAGAAGCACCAAUAGUGGAAACCAGAGUUACAAGGAAAGGAAGGAAAUCUGUCCUUGCUCCUGCCACACCUAGACGCAAAUCCAAACGAGCCCGCAUAGAACCUGAAGAAGAGAAAGAUGAGAAUGAAGAGGAAAAGGUAGACAAUGCGGCUGCAACAGUGAAGAGUGUGGAGGAAGAAAAGGUGGAGGAAGUGAAUGAACUGGAGGCAGAAGAAAAGGUUGAAGAGGAAACAAAAGCUGUGGAAGAAGCAAGAACUGAGGAAGAAGAAAAGGUGGAAGAAGCAACCACUGAGGAAGAAGAAAAGGUGGAAGAAGCAACCACUGAGGAAGAAGAAAAGGUGGAAGAAGCAACCACGGAGGAAGAAGAAAAGGUGGAAGAAGCAACCACUGAGGAAGGAGAAAAGGUGGAAGAAGCAACAACUGAGGGAGGAAAAAAGGUGGAAGAAGCAACAACUGCGGGGGCUGUGGUAGAGGAGGCUGAAAAGGUGGAGGAGGUGGCAACAGUGAUGAAAAGUGUUGCAGUCGAAAAGCCAGUUGAGGAAGAGAAGACCUCACAACCUGAGGAAGAAGCAGAGACUCCUGUUGUAGAAAUAAGGGUCCUAAGGCGAGGGAAAAAAAGCACUCCUGUUAAUCCUCCAAAACGUAGGUUCACACCAAGAGGCAAGCAAGCUGAGGAAAAUGAGAAGAAGGAGGAAGAAAAAGUAGAGGAGGUGGCUGAACAUGUGCCGGAAGCUGUGGAGGAAAAGGAGGUGGCAGCUGAGGAAGAUGAGGCACCAUUAGUGGAAGCCAAUGUUCUGUGGAGAGGAAGGAGAUCUGCCCCUUCCACACCAAGACGCAAAUCCAAACGAGCCCGCAAAGAACCUGAAGAAGAGGAAAAUGAGGAGGAAAAUGUAGAGGAGGAAAACGCAGUGGAGGAGAAAAUGGUGGUUGAGGAGAAUAAGAUGGAGGAGGAAGAGGAAAAGGUUGAAGAGCCAGCAGAGAAUGCUGCUUCAGAGACGAAAGAGGCAGAAGCCAUCGCACAGCAGCCAGAGGAGGUGGCAGAGCAAACAGAGCAGAAGGAAGAAGUAAAGAACACUGCUGAAACAGAAGAAGAAAAGGUAGCUGAUGAAGAAACAGACAAAGCGGUAGAGAAGGAUGAAGGAGACACCACCAAUGUGGGAAAAAAUACUGACAAGGCAACAGUAACUUCUGCUACUCAAGAUGAAGUAGCUGGUAAAGCUUCAGAGGACGAGGAGGGAGAAACUCUGGCGGUGGAAGCGGAAGAGGCAGAGAAAACAGAAGAAACGACAGAGGAAGUAGAAGACAAAGUCCAGGACAAAGCUGUUGAGGAAGAGGGAGAGGCCUCAACAACAACAAGCCAAGAGGAAGAGAGAGUGGAAGCAGAGAGCUUUGAGGAGGUUGUGGAAGUUCCUCCAGUUGUGGAAACUAGAGCAAUGAGGAGCAGGACAAAAACAGUCACAGCAGCCACACCCAAACGAAAGUCCUUACGAAGCAAGUCCUCUGUGGAUUAUAAGGAACAGGAUGCAGAGGAGGAGGAAACAGGAAAUGAACCCACAGUGGAAGAAGGGGAGGAUAAUGUAGUGGCAGAAGAGGCGAGCGUAGUAGAGGAGGAGAAAAAAGAAAAAGAGGAGGAAGGGGCCCCGGUGCCUGAGGUUGCUGUUGUCAAGGAGAUGGAGAAGCAGCCUGUGGUAUCGAGAGUUCUGAGAGUGAGGUUAACUGCCACGCCCAUGGCCAUACCCACACCACAGCAGCGUACAUCCACAAAACGCAGCAAAAUAGUUACACCUGAGAAGGUCGAGCCUGAGGUGGGCAUGCUUUCAUCAGAUGAAGAGCAGGAAGAGAGCCCUGUGGAAAAGAGAAACCUCCGGAAGAGAAAAAGCAUGGAACCAACACCUGUUCGCAGAUCCAUGCGCCGCAGCAGAACUUAGACUGUGGAGAAUGUUUUUUUGGUUCAGUUUUAAAAAAUGAAUCUAUUUAGUGAAGAUUUCAUAUUAGACCAGAUUGUUUUCUUCUAUCUAUUUGUAAGUUUCUAUAAAUAGAAAAAUAGAAAAAAACAUACAUCACUUAACAUUUUUAUGUAGUUUUUCUGAAAGUUAAUAUGUAGUUUAUUUGAUAUUUUUUCAUAUUGUAUAUAUAUUUUGCAUUUAACCACAAGUCUGUGAACAGUUUUUUGUUGACCUUAGUGGCUGGUAACACAAUGCGUUUCAGCUUUGGUUUGGACACAAUCGUCUAAAACAACAUUUAUUCACUCAAAAUACUGCAUACAUAAUCUGCUAAAACAACAUUUAUGCCAAACGGUGUCUCCUCGAAUAAGAAUCAAGAAGCCUGUAAAUAAAUAAAUAUAUUUUUAAAAACAAAUGUAGUUACAUUGGGACACACCAGCACUAAUCGUCAUUAAGAAAAUAUUUUGGGCCACCAGGCUCCAUGCUCAAUCUGGAAUAUUUUAGAAAAUAUGAAAUAUUGAUAUCUACAAUAGUGCAGAUACAUAUGAAAACAUUGUUUUAAAAGGACAUUGCUCAGACAUGCACAAAAACAAUAUAACAGCUCCCCUUUGUUAUAAGAUUAUUCAUAGUUUUUUAAGCAAGCUAUGUUUAUUUACAUUUUUUUUCUACACAUGUCAGUAACAGUUCUUGUGGAAAUUUGGAAUGCUUAUAUUUUUACCCAUUUAUACAAAUGUUUUCAACAGAACUCAGGAUAUAAAAUGACAUUUUAUUCAACAUAAUUCUUCAUUUGAAAUAUCUAAUGUCAACACUGGGUCAUUGUGUUACAUUUUGUGUGUAUUGAACAAUUUGGUACACUUUGAACAUAUUUAGUGUAAAAAAACGACUAAAUACACACAAAAAUAUUACCUCACUGAGCCGACGAGGUAUACCAUUUCACUUUGUAAUUUGAAAAGGAUGUUGUUCCUGUAUUAACCUUUUACCCACUGCAACAUUCCUCUGAAAAGGCAGCGCGCGAAAUUCAAAAAUAUUUUUCUGAAAUAUGUAACUUUCACACAAUAACAAGUCCAAUACAGCAAAUGAAAGAUAAACAUCUUGUUAAUCUACCCAUGGUGUCCGAUUUCAAAAAUGAUUUACAGCGAAAGCACAACAUAUGAUUAUGUUAGCUCAUAGCCAAGUCAAAAAAACACACAGCCAUUUUUACAGCCAAAGAUAGGAGUCACAAAAAGCAGAAAUAUAGAUAAAAUGAAUCACUAACCUUUAAUGCUCUUCAUCAGAUGACACUCAUAGGACUUCAUGUUAUACAAUACAUGUAUGUUUUGUUCGAUAAAGUGCAUAUUUAUAUCCAAAAAUCUCAGUUUACAUUGGCGCCUUACGUGCAGUAAUGUUUUGAUUCCAAAACAUCCGGUGAUUAUGCAGAAAUACUCAUAAUAAACAUAGAUAAAAGAUGCAAGUGUUAUUCACAGAAUUAAAGAUAGACUUAUCCUCUAUGCAACCGCUGUGUCAGAUUUUUAAAAAAACUUUACGGGAAAAGUAUAAUCUGAGAACGGCGCUCAGAGCCCAAUCCAGCCAAAGAAAUAGCCGCCAUUUUGGCGUCAACAGAAGCUAGAAAAAACACUAAAUAUUCACUUACUUUUGAUCUUCAUCAGAAGGCACUCCCAGGAAUCCCAGUUCAACAAUAAAUGACUGAUUUGUUCCAUAAAGCCCAUAAUUUAGCCACUUGUUGUUAGUGUGUUCAGCCUAGUUAUCCAUCUUCAUGAAGCGUGAGCACUUCCUCCAGACCAAACUCGAAAAGUUCCAUUACAGUCCGUAGAAACAAGUCAAAUGAUGUAUGCAAUCAAUCUUUAGGAUGUUUUUAACAUAAAUCAUCAAUAAGGUUCCAACUGGAGAAUUUCAUUGUCUGAAGAAAAGCAUUGGAGCAAACUCUGUCGGGAGAGCACGUCAUGAGACCGAGGCUCUCUGCCAGACCAUUCCUUUAUAGUAGGAUCCUCAAACCCGUUUCUAAAGACGGUGACAUCUAGUGGAAGCCCUAGGAAGUGCAACCUCACCCAUAUCUCAAUGUGAUUUCUAUAGGCACUGUUUUUGAAAAUCGAUUUCUCACUUCCUGUUUGGAUUUUUUCUCAGGUUUUUGCCUGCUAUAUGAGUUCUGUUAUACUCACAGACAUCAUUCAAACAGUUUUAGAAACGUCAGAGUGUUUUCUAUCCAAUAGUAUUAAUAAUAUGCAUAUAUUAGCAUCUGGGACAGAGUAGGAGGCAGUUCAGUUUGGGCACGCUAUUCAUCCAAAAGUGAAAAUGCUGCCCCCUAUCCCAAAAACGAUUUAACGCAAUAGCAUUUCAUAUACCAAUUACAUGUAUGUAUAUCCUCACAUCUUGUAUGUUAACAUUUAUCAUUAAGGUUUUGAUAUACAGUAAGUAAAAUUUUAAUAACAGUAAAAAUAUGGUCAUACAGAAGUUUGUAAAAUAAAGUUUAAAAGUUUCAAAUAAAGUUUAUAAUAAAAUCUAUAAACGGAGCUACGAUGUUAAACUGUGAGAGAUGCCGUGAGAGAUGUGAAAAUAGAUAGAAACUAUGAGUUUUCGUUUGUGUGUGUUAAUAGGAUAUAUCUUGUUUCAAACUUUCAACGCUUUUGUUAUAUGUCUCAGUGGCACAAAGGCACAAGCCAGCCAUAGCCAGCAGUAGCCUGUCUUGCUCACAAACAUUUUUAUUUAGCAAUGCUGUAUUUUAUGACAAACCUCUCCUUGCAUUAUGUGGAAUGGACUUAUGUAAACUCCUCUGACAAUGUGAUUUGUUAUGAUCUUUGGUAGAAAAUAAAGAUUUUCACUGUUUUAUCUA